CGGCGAGGGGGGGUCCGGGCCAGGCUCGAGGGGCGGGGCGGAGAAGGACCCGAAGCGGCAGCGGGAGGAGAAGGAGGCGGCGCCAUGUUCCCCUCCCUCCUUCCUUCCUUCCUUCCUCUUUCUCCUCAGCUUCUCCCCUCCUUCCUUCCUUCCUUCCUUCGGUCCCGGCGCCCUGAGGGGAACGAAGGGCGGGCGGCGACGACGGCGACCGAACCAGAGCCUGAGGGGCGGCGUAUUCGCUUUAUUCUGAUCCAGAACCGGGCCGGAAAAACACGCCUGGCAAAAUGGUACAUGCAGUUUGAUGAUGAUGAGAAGCAGAAGCUUAUUGAGGAGGUCCAUGCUGUCGUCACUGUCCGGGAUGCAAAGCACACCAACUUUGUUGAGUUCCGAAAUUUCAAGAUCAUCUACAGACGUUACGCGGGGCUUUAUUUCUGCAUCUGCGUGGAUGUGAAUGACAACAACCUGGCGUAUCUGGAAGCCAUUCACAACUUUGUGGAGGUUUUGAACGAAUAUUUCCACAACGUCUGUGAACUGGACCUGGUGUUCAACUUCUACAAGGUCUACACUGUGGUGGACGAGAUGUUCUUGGCAGGCGAGAUCCGAGAAACGAGUCAAACAAAAGUCUUGAAGCAGCUUCUCAUGUUGCAGUCCUUGGAGUGAAGCGCAGGGAGGACCGAGUCGGUGGUGCUGGAGAUCGCCCGGUUGUGCCCUUCCAUUUCCCCCCUCCCCUUGACCCCAAGGCUCAUGUCACCAGUUCCCGGAAUCAGUGACUUCUUCAGAGUAGAUUUGGCCACUUGACCCCAUCAAUGGAGGCUGGCGGGGGGAUGGAGGGGGAACCACGUGAAUUGGGCGUCCAUUUGGAUUUCUAGUCCUGAUUUUUCCUUGGCAUGGAGAAAAACGCAGAGGGUGGGUAGUUCCUAGCUCGUGGCUGGGUUGCCCUGCAGAAAGGGGUGAACUCAGAGUGGGGGGAGAGAAAGUUUCUACCACCCCCCUCUUCCAGCAACCAUCCAGCACCCCACUUUCUUCCACCCUCUAGUUGCCAGUCCACUGCCCCUUCCCUCUUGAUUCACGUAAAUGUCUUUGUGGCACAUCUGCAGUAGAAGAGGGACCAUAACUGUGCGUGCGUGUUUGUUUGUGGCGAGCGAUUGUACGGCCCGUAGAGUGAUGUAAUGAAAUAAAACGUCCGUGAAACACUUAAAACAAAA